AUGGCUAUCCUGUCAAGGUUGGUCCUGACUCUUCGGGCCCACCUCCCCCACGGGUUUGAACAGUCUGCCGGAAUCAAGGCAAAUAGCAAACUGCGUCGCGGGAUGCUUACAAUGGCUGGCGAGCAGCAGCAGCAGCCAGGCCUCCUUGUAGGCUUCGAGCUCGAGUUUAUGAUCGCCACCGGAAGCGAGGACCACUACCCGGACGACCUCCGAUGGUGGUUUAACAAUGCCCACACAGAAGAACCCACCCUCCUCAGCAAGGAGUUCGAUUCGUCUCCCUGGGCCGGUGAUGUCCCCGCCGCGGUGCAGGCCAAGGUGGCGGACAUCGUCACGGGGCAGGGGCUCUUCUUCCAGAACGACACGAGCGCGUCGCUGCGCGAGCGCGACGUGGCCGAGCAGAUGCAGGCUGCGGGCAUCGCGCCGACGGCCCACGUCGACUGGAAGCACCAGGGCUACUCGCUGACGACGGACAACACCAUCAAGCCGAGCCGCGCGCAGGAGGGUGAGGAGUGGCUGGGCGUAGAGCUUCGCAGCCGCGCCAUGCCAGCCAACAACACGACCGAGCUCGACGGCGUGUGCCGCGGCCUACGCGCCGCCCUACGCACCCAGCUCAGCCCGUCGUGCGCCCUACACGUCACCGUGUCGCGCGCCCAGCCAGUCGGCCUCGACCUUCUAGCCGCCAAGAAGGCCCUCGCCCUCGUCUAG